UUUUUUUGCUAUUGGUCCGCGAGAAUCAGAGGUCGGUGCGCGUCACACACGGUCAAUGUUAAAUUUUUAUCCCGUGCCGAAAUAAACAGUAGCUGAAAGUAGGCCAUGGCGAUUGUUAGUCUAUUUUGUACGCUAUCACCCGAUACACCCUCGGAUAGAUCGUGUUUGUUUUACCAAUAAGCGUGAACAAUGGAAAUCGCGGACGUAGAGGACGGUCAACCCGAAGUAGCGGCGACGAGAAAGAAAAGUUUGUGGUCUAAAAUAAACAACAGAACAACUUACAGUUAUUUAGUUAAUAUCGUAAUAUCUACGUUACUCCUCACGUGCUUAGUUCUAGUGCUUUAUUUCUUCAAGGAAUACCUCAAGACUAUAUUAUAUUGGGUCGAUGCACAGGACCCUAAGAUAAUAUUUUUACUUUUCAUGGGAUUGUUUUUGAUAGUGAGUUUUCCAGUGACGAUUGGAUAUUUAGUGUUGAUAAUUACAAGUGGAUAUUUGUUUGGGAUCCUCAAAGGGUUGGGGACGGUGGUGGUGAGCGCGAACUUCGGAGUGGCGGUGGCACAUUUUACUUUGAAACUGUUGAGAGCGUAUCUGCCCCUCGACCGGCUUCUUAAAAACGAGACAGCCAGAGCGCUCUUGAAAGUGAUAUCGGGUCCGCAGGCGUUCAAAAUAGUAUUCUUCGCGAGGCUCACUCCAAUACCUUUUGGGCUUCAAAACACGAUAUUUGCCGUGAGCGACGUCCGCGGCUGCGGCUACCACCUGGCGACGCUGCUGGGCCUGCUGCCGGCGCAGGUCAUCAACGUGUACCUGGGCUCCACGCUGCGCUCCAUGCACGACGUGCUGCACGAGUCGCACGUCACCGGGUACAUCGUGUUCGCGUUUCAGAUACUGAUCGGCAUAACGCUCAUGGUGUGGGUGGUGCAGAAGGCACGCAAAGAGCUCACGAUAGCUAUCAUGGCGGCGGAGUUGGGACGCGACACUCUGUCAUCCAGCAGUUCCUCGAGCUAGCACACCGCCCCCACUUCUGAGGCAGACAGCGCUAGCGACAGCUAGGGGCUAGCCACCGGGUGCUGCGCCCGCCAUCGUGAGACUUUUGUAUAGCAUCUAGAGUCCCAGUUAGACUGGUCCGAACCAACGCUUCAAUUGAAGAUCGAAAGUGAUCCCACUUCUGAUGCGGUUGGUGAUAGCUAGAGGCUGGCCGCCGGGUGCUACGCCCGGCAAAGUAAAACUUUUGUAUAGCGUUAACGCUUGAAUUAAAGAUUGUACGUGAUCCCACUUCUGAUAUGCUAAACAGCAGUGACAGCUAGGUGCGUACGCUUACGUGAUCCCACUUCUGAUGCGGUCAGUGCUAGUGACAGCUAGGUGCGAACGCUUACGAGAUCCGACUUCUGAUACGGUUAGUGCUAAUGACAGGUAGGUGCAGACGCUCACGUGAUCCCACUUCUGAUAUGGUUAGUGCCAGGGAAAACUAGGUGCGAACGCUCACGUGAUCCCGCUGGAUUAGUGCCAGUGAAGACUAGGUGCAGACGCUAUCCUGAUCCCACUUCUGAUGCGGUUAGUGAUAGUGACAGUGGACAACCGUUAAAUGUGAGACUGUAAAGCGGCUAUUAAUAUAGUUAAGUUAAUGGUGCAAUAUCUAGUUAAACUAGUUUUGAACCGAUCCCACUCCUGAUGGAGACAGUGUCAGUGUUUGAAGAUUACUGUUCUUGGCCUAGUUAUAAUUAAAUAGUCUUAUUACAAAAUUUAACAGGUUUACUUGAAGACAUGGUUGAUAAAAAAGAUAACAGAAAAACGUCGACCCCAUCUGCGGUGGUCAAGUACCAAAAAAGUCUUUGGAAAUGUGAGUAUAACUAAUUUUAGUUAAUAAGAAAAGAAAAUAUGCUUCCAGAGAAGGUCUUUCCAUGUGUUCUGUUCGAUGUUGUCGAUUUAAAUGGUGCAUCAAUGUUAACUGAAAAUCUUAAAAAUAUCGUCACGUUUGAAAUAUAUUCAAAUAAGGUAAUGAAAUUCACAUAUUAUGCAAAAAAAUGUAAAGGAUACGGUUGUCGCUUUACUUACUCGUAGACAUUGUCUUACUGUUCAAUACGAAUGUCAUUACCCGAGUGACUUAAUGACCAUAGAUUUAAAUCUAUGGUCAUUAAAAAUCGUGCAUCUCGCUCUUGUGUAUUAGAACGAGUGCUUGCAAUAGCCAGACAUAUUUCAUUGUAUGAAGGCUGAAAGUUUUUCAUCUCUUGCAUAGGUAUCCCACCAUCCUAUUUACCUAUGCAUGGAAUGACAAACUAGCCAUUAGCCGGUAAAUAGCAAUCAUGGAGUUUGGACCGUGGAACCACCACGAUAAGUUGUAAGUUUUGAAGGGUCCAGAUCCCAAGUGAAAAACUUAAGUUUUUGAAAUUUUCGACGGGAUAUCAUGAGAAAUCGUGUCACCAAUCGCUAGAUUCUUAGAUAGAGACUCAUGAAGACUGGUCUACGAAGGGAUGCCGGGAAGCUAAGUGACAGGUUUUCUAGGGACAUGAUUUCUCAUAUUAUGCCGAGGAAAAUAUAAAACAAUAUUUAUUCAAAUUGCAAAUGGGAGAAGCACAUGCUAUAGUUAAAGCCGAUGUUUGAAUGACAUUCUAACCUCUAGCGAGGCAGGUCCUAUAAUAAUAAAUAAGGUAAUUGGUCUGAGGAGUCUAUACCGGAUCGGUGCUGUAUUGAACAGUGAAAAUAUAUUCCAACUAGUCAUGACAUACGGUGACUAUUGCACUGAGGUGCUAGCCAAUGAGCCAACUUGAAUCCUACAUGUAAUCCGAGGCUCAUUUGGAAUUUUGUGAUUGUUUGAAUUACGUGUAGCCGACGAAAGCAUUGUGCUUUUAAUUUAAAACAAGGCAAUAGUUCAAUACAAUAUAUCGAACCCUUGCAAAAGCGAGACAUGGCUAUACCAACGAAAAAGCCAAGAAGAAAAUUCACUAUAAAUAAAUUCAUUGUGCAAUUUGCAACAAUUGUAUUGCACCAAAUUGCUCACAUAUUGCCAAGCACUCUAUAAAUUUCCCGUGUAAGUGCACCAGACUAGUCGAGAGUUCAUCACAAACAAAUUAAUGUUUUGACAAUGUUGUCAGACUGACGUAGACGUUUGACACGCUCGUUGAACUAGUCGGCACGCCAUCUUGCAUGAGCCUCGGACGACGAUGAGAGGUUUACAAACCUGUGAUAUUAAAGUUAUAUUUAUAGAUGUUAUAGUUUCGCACGCCUAGAUCUAAAGGGAGCUAACUUUAAAAACCUAAAAAUUUGAAUUUCGACACACUAUUGAAUUUCUUACCUCAAUGCCCACCGAUUAAUAAAACACAUUUAAAAAAUUAUUUACUACUUGAGUCUGCAUUUAUGUUUAAAAAUUCAAACAGAUUUUCGCCUCUCUUCAAAAAGUUUUUGAGUUAUUGCCUCUUUAGUUUUGGGUGUGCGGUUUGGUGUAGAUUGUAAUAUUCUUGUUUUGUAAAUAUUUUAUUGCAAUUCAACUAAUUUUCCCCUCACAAUGACCUUUUAAAAUGGUGUAAGGACGCAAACGGUUUUCAGUUUUUCAUCACAUCUACUUCUGAAAUUGUUAUUCAAAUUUUAAACUUUUUUUGGUUAGUGUGAGCGUAGUGUAUAUAUUCACAAGUUUGUCAUUACUGACCAGUACGUCUUAAAUACUACAUUACGUUUGGACUCUAUCACUCUCUCUUUCGAAUACGACAUUAUAGACAGAGAGGGAUUGAGACGAAUUCAAAAAUCAUUUUACUUUUGAGGCAGGACUGCCAAGUUAUAUAAUUUCUGAUUAAUGCUUCAGGAUAUUUCGCUACAGCGUAGCGUAGGUAAGUGGGUACGGCCAUUAUCAAGAUCUUUAAAGGUCACAGCGUAAAUGAUUAAUAAUUUCUACCUGUGACUCCCCGCGUAAAAUUCACUACAUAGUAUAUUGUACGUACCUUCUAUAUCUAUAUGCCAGGGGUCGCCAACCAGGACUUCCCGGGUAAAAUUCACUACAUAGUAAAUUGCACCUACCUUCUGUAUAUGCCAGAGGUCGCCAACUAGGACUCCCCGGGAAAUUGUACGUACCGUCUAUAUGUGCCAGGGGUAGCCAACCAGACGUUCUAAAUUUAUUUUGGAUUUAGACCCACGAACAUUACAUCCUUUAUGUAAUUCAUAUUCUACUUUUGAAGACAAUGAUUUGGGUUUGUUUGUAGUGUACUUAGCGUUAGGAAAGCAGAAACAAAAACAUGUUUGUAAAUUAUUAUCAGCACAGUAGAUAUAUUACAAGCAGUAUAAUAACUCGGCCAUAUUUUUGAAAUAAAUACCUACAGCCGCGCGCUCCGUAAACAUGUGAUAGGGCUGCCUGCCUCCAGCAUUUUAAUUACAUUUGCCAACUUUGUGUUUCCAUUUAGUUAUCUGAUUGUAAAUAUACUUUUUUUUAAAUAAACAAAUAAAA